AUGACAGGUGGUAUUCCAGGGUCUGCAAGUCAGUCGGACUUAAAGCGUAAGCUGCAAAUUAAUCUCGGCGUAGAAACCGAAGUCAUCAACAUUAAAAGGAUACCAUAAUCAUAGCUCCAGUGCGGUCGAGAAAAGAGUUAUAGAAGUUUGAACUGGACCAUGUCUCGGCCCCUUCCACCCGUCUGAAAAAAUAAUCUGAACAGCACAGGAAAAAACAAUUUAUUUUGAGAAAAUCAAAGCAUUUGAGGUCGAAAACACGAUUUUACACUACGUGCUACAAUCCUGUGUAGGCUGAAACGAGGUAUUUCGUGUUUACCGCACGUUCAUAAAAAAUAAACGCUCCGAGCUGCGCCCGCAUUUCGCAGUCUGCUAAAAGAACGGCCGCAACUAGCAAUAAAUUUCUUCCACGCGGAAAUUUUUUAUACGUCAAAUAGCUCGUCUACUCAAUUUCUAUUCGUGUUAUCGAAUAUUUCCGGUUAUAUUCGUUUUUUUCGCAGUCGGGCACCUUAUUGUAUUGUUUUAGAGAUGAUCGAGCUUUUUGCGAUUUUCGGCAAGGGCGGUCUGGUGCUUUGGUGCUUCAAGGAAGGCCAAAACCUUUUCAAGGAGGCCGUCAACAAUUUAAUUAGCGACGUCCUGCUACAAGUGAGUUUAGGAAGUUUGCAUUGAAAUUCUUCUGAUUUUAGCAACGUAAUGUUGGGGUGUUUAAAUGGGAGGACGUUUCCAUCAAGUACAAGCUGGACAACGAGUUUGAUUUGGUGUUUUUAGUAAGUUUAGAGUAAAAAGCAUGUUUGCGGAGGUGUUGGGAGUUUGUUUUCCUUAGUCUUCAAAUCUUCCGACACUGACCAAUUUUUUAAACCUACCUAAAAUAAUAUAAAUCUCGGUUUUUCAGGUAGUCUACCAAAGUGUUGUCCAAAUGUCGUAUGCCGACAAACUGCUAACAGAAGUGAAUCUUAGGUUCCGAGAUCUUUACAAGAAUGUUUUGAAUACCGACGCUAUGUUGGCGAAAGGCCCGCGGACCUUCAGCGGAUUUGGAAAGGAAUUCCCGAAGUAAGGUUUUGAUAUUUUUGACCGGCUUAUUGUAAAAUAAGUGGUCUAUUUUUUGAUUUAGGAUAUUGGAAAGAGUUGAGCUUGAAAACGCCAAGUCCGGGAAUAAGAAGCCGAAGACUUAUCAAGAAUCGGAGAAAUCAAAGAAAACCGUUGCUUCGUUGAUUGAAAAGCCUGCUAAUAAUGUCGAAGCGACCAAGGGAAAAAAGAAGUAAGUAUAUUCCUUGCUUGCAUCGACUGUGACUUCCUAUUUUACACUUUCGAACGGAAAGUUUAUUUUUUAUUGUUAUAUUUUUUUGCUAUUUUCAGAGUUGUUGAUGUUUCUCCAGGCUCCCCGCGCUCUGGACUUUCCGAAGAAGAUGAGGAUAUUCUCAAGAACCGCGAGGCUUUCUUUAAUAAAAAGAAGAAGACGUAAGUGUCAUUUGCAAUAUAAGUUUCUUUAAAUUUAGUGUGGAAAAGACCCCUGAAAAGAGUGAGAAGGGCAAAGGAGGCAAGAAAGGAAAGGCUGCCAGAAUCUGGGACCUCUCCGGUGGAAAACAAGACCAAGCCGUCCUGGAUUACAGUAGCCCCGAAGCGGAAAAUGGAAAGAAACCUCGAGAAGAUGUGGAGGCCGAGCAGAUUUACAUGGAGAAUGUGAGUUGUUUAGAAGGGUUUUAAUGUAGUAUAAUGUGAAUAAUAUUUUUUCGUACCUAAAAAAUAUUAUUUUAGGUGGGAAUGGUCGGAAAAUUCAAAGGAGAUCUCCCAGGGCUGGACGAAAACGAAUAUGAGGUUGAAGACUUGACCAUGGAUGAAGUUGAAGCCAAACCAGAGAAAAAGGGAUGGCUUUCGUCCCUAACUUCGCUGGUUUCCAACAAGAAAUUGGAAGAGAAGGAUGUGGAACCUGUCUUGGAGAAUUUGAAGACCAAUUUGAUUCGUAAGUCGAUUUUUUUGUUCUUUUUGAAGUUUAGGCAGCAUGAAGAAGGUCUGGAAAGGUUAUGGAAGAAAAUUUUGAUACAAUCGAACAAAGGCUCAUAAAUUUUGCUUUCCAGAGAAGAACGUCGCCACCGAGCCGGCCGAAAAGAUCUGCGAAUCAGUCGGAGCGAAGCUGGUCGGCAAAGUUGUGAGCUCCUUCAGCCGCGUCCAGACCAUUGUCCGCGAGGCCAUGCGUGAAUCCCUGGUCCAACUUUUGACCCCCAAACGCCGUGUCGACAUUCUACGUGAUAUCAUGCACGCCAAGUCCGAAAAUCGCCCAUAUGUCAUCGUAUUCUGUGGAGUGAAUGGAGUCGGAAAGUCGACGAAUCUCGCUAAAAUCACCUUCUGGUUGAAUGAAAACGGCCAUAAUGUUCUGAUUGCGGCUGGUGAUACCUUCCGUGCUGGUGCCGUAGAACAGCUCAGAACCCAUUGCAAAUAUUUGAACAACCUCCAUCCGGAAAGUGUUCAACUUUAUGAGCAGGGAUAUGGUGGAGAUUCGGCGAAGUUGGCCAAAGCAGCCAUUCAGAUUGCCAAGGAAAGAAAGAUUGAUGUGGUUUUGGUCGAUACGGCCGGUAGAAUGCAGGAUAAUGCGCCUCUGAUGGCCGCGUUGAGCAGUGUAAGUUGAAAUUUGGGGAUGAAAAAAGAAUUUUGGAAUUUUUGUCUAGUGUAAUUUAAAAAAAUUUCGGGAAGUUCAAAAAUUUGAUUGAAAAUGAUGUUUUCAUUACGAAUAUGAGGUCAAACUGUUGAAUUUUCAGCUGAUCCACACUAAUAACCCAGAUAUGGUACUCUUUGUCGGCGAAGCCUUGGUCGGAAACGAAGCCGUCGACCAGCUCGUCAAGUUCAACCAAGCUCUGGCAGACCAUAGCGCAGUCCGCGAGAACCCAAGACUCAUCGAUGGAAUCGUUCUUACCAAGUUUGACACAAUUGAUGAUAAAGUAAGACCAACUUUUUUACUUGCUCACCAAGUAUAAUAUGAGAUUUGAUGUGGUUUAUUUUGGUAUUAAUACUGCCAUUUUUAGGUCGGCGCUGCCGUUUCCAUGACCUACAUCACUGGUCAACCCAUUGUCUUUGUCGGCACCGGCCAAACCUACACCGAUCUGAAGAGUUUGAACGCGAACGCCGUGGUGAACUCACUGUUGAAAUAA